ACCAAUCGCGGAGGAUGCUAUGGACCCCAAAAAUUUUGGAAGAGGAAGCAUAGAAUCCUGACCAGACAAAUUCUUAUAUUCCUUAUCCGCUGCACAAAGAGCCAGGGAACCUAUACGCCGCCGCAGCCAUGGACACCGGCAUUGUAGACAUUCCAGGCUCCGACGAUCGCUUCACCGUCAACUUCCACCAAAGCUCAAUUGAAACCCUAGUCACCUACGAGCCCAGCAAGGUCGUCGACUGGAUCAACGACAUCGAGCAACUCCACCGCGACAGUCUCCCCAAGCUCAUCGUCGGCCUCGACGUGGAGUGGCGGCCGAGUUUCUCGCGCCACCAGAACCCGGUGGCAACCCUCCAGCUCUGCGUCGGCAACCGCUGCCUCAUCGUCCAACUCCUCUACUGCAACCCCAUUCCGGAUGAGCUCUUGGCUUUCCUGGCCAACUCCUCCUACACCUUUGUGGGCGUCGGAAUUGGGGAGGAUUUGGAAAAGCUCUUAGAAGACUACGACCUGGCAGUGGCCAACGGCAUGGAGCUGCGGACCCUGGCUGCUGAAAAGGCGAACGACAGAUCACUUAAAAACGUUGGGCUGAAGGAUAUGGCGAGGAUAUAUCUGGACGCGGAGGUGGUGAAGCCGAAGAGGGUGACCAUGGGAAGAUGGGAUCAAGAGUGGCUGUCUGAAGAGCAGAUUCGUUACGCUUGCAUUGAUGCUUUCGUCUGUUACGAGGUUGGCAAGAUUUUAUGUGGAGCAGAGUCAUGAGCUGUGUGUAUUGUUACAAGCAUGUGCCGGUUUCGGAUUGAGUCUCACUAUAUGCAUUUAUUCUCUCUAUUUGUUCUCAUUGUUUAACACCCAUAUGCAUAAUUGGUAUUGUGUUGAACUAGAGGUAGUAUCAUUCCAAAAAAGGAAAACACGAUAUGAAUUUUACUUCGAGAUUUCAAUAAAAUGAUAUUAUAAAA